AUGGGUAAAAGUGAAUACUUUCAGAAUGUUGAGAAUGUUUCAGAUGAUAUUCUUCGAUUGCCUGCGACUUCUUUGGUUUGUAUCAGAUGCCAUACUGAAUGUACAUCGAUCACCACAAAGUUCAAGGUGCAAGUGCGGGUUCAGGAUGAGAGUGGUAGUGUUUCUUUUGUUAUGUUUGAUAGAGAUGUUCAGAAGCUUCUUGGAUUAGCGGCGAGUGACAUAAGAGAGAGGCAUGUUAAGGCCAAUGAUACUGGAUUCCUUCAUGAGAUAUUUCGAUUGGUUGAUAAGAAGGCUGCUUUUAAGAUUGAUGUUUCAGAGUUCAAUCUUAAAAAUGACUAUCGUGUUUAUACUGUGCAAAAAACAACUAAGGAUCCAGUAAUAAUUGCUGAGUUGGUUGGUGGAGAUGGUAAUGGUGAUGAAAAUACUGAUGAGGUUACUCAAGAGGUAGCUGACGUUAAAGACGUUAACCUUUCAGACUCUUCUCAGGUGUCUGCUGAACGAAGUUCAAGGGAUGUUGUCUCUGUUACGGCCGACUCUUCAGUCGUUGAAGUUGAAAAGGAUUCUGGAUCAAGUCCCAAUGGAAAGCGGAUGGCUCAAGAUGCUGAUGUUGCCAACGUUGGUGAGCUAUCCACUAAUGUGAGAAGAACCCGGAAGAAUCUGACUAAGAACUUAGGUUCAUUAUCCAUUUUGCUUCAUCAGCAGAGCUUCUCUUUAGCAGACUUUGCUUCAGCAGUCUUUGUGUUAACAGACCUUUCGGUUCAUCAGCAGAGUUUGUUUGCCUCAUGUGCUGAGGUUGUUUCGUUUAAGUGA